AUGAACACUGUAGCCAACAAUCACGAUCAAGCGUUGGUUAACAGAGACAAAAAAAAAGCGGAAGCGUAUUUAAAAACUAAAAACGUGAAAAAGUUGAUUUACCAUUUGACGACUAAACUAUUAGUGAACAAACCAUACAACCCAGUUAAUUAUACAAUUCUCCAACUAGAAGAACUGAUUAAUUUUCGUAAAAAUCAAAGCAAUCCUCCAGUUUUGUACAAUGACGAACAAUUAGCAGGUAUUUUUAAUAACAUGGACAUAAUGAAAACCGGAUCUCUCGAUUUGGAACAAUACAUUUGUGUUAUGAAAAUGUUGGGAUUAAAUGAAGGAGAUUUCAAUACAGAUCCUGAGAGGGACUCAAACAAUCACAUUGAUCGAAAAACAUUUAUGCGUGAGGCACCUAUAAAGAAAUGGAUUAGGCCUCCCAUAAUCCCCGCCUAUACCGCCGCGGAGUCAACACCAAUACUCAAUAGAAUUAAAUUUAACAAAAUUAAAUAAUUUAGUAAUCGAAGCUGUAAAGUAUU